UUUCUUCUCCAUGGCUGGGCCUGACUGCUGCUAUCAUCAGCAUUCAAUUGCUUGCAUGAACAUUGGCCUCAUCUACCCCAUGAAAUUGAUAAAAGUAAGACAAUAACGCCUAACGAAUCAGGGUCAGCAAAUUUCCUUUUCAGGCUACCAGCAUAGAUAUCAAUGCAGGUAGAAUGGAACUGAGCCCUUUGCACAGAUCAUAUGUACGGCAUUUGGAAUGAAAGGGUCCACUUUGAGAACCCCAAGAAAAUUUUCAGUUAACCACUCAAAAUCAUUCCCGUAGUUUGGUUUGAAACCGUCCGAUUCACUCAAAUCUUCUAAAAUUAUCAUCCUAUGUUCAGAGUUACAAUCUAAAGAAUUUUAUUAUGGAAAUAAAAAAAUGAUAGUUCAAAGGUAUCACAAUGGAAAAGAAAAAUUCGAGAGGAGUCCAAAUGCCCAAUUCAUAGGCCCACCACUAUACAUCUGUGAAUUUAAGUUCCCGCUUCUUAUUCGUUAUGCCAAAAGACGAAAAGAGGGAAAAAAGAGAGGGAGAGGGCAAUUUGGGGAAUAGGAUAGAGGGAAAAAAAAUUGUCAUCGAGCACGAUGGACGACGUCGAUCGACUGUUUGAAUGCUUCAAGUGCGGCAUUUCUCCUCCUCAAUCUGCUGUGAGAGAAAGGAAAAGGAACAAGAGCAAAUUGAAUCAAGGGAAUGAGGUAUCAUCAACUUCUGCUUCUCCAUCACCAGGAUCUGCCACGCAACCAAAGAAAAAAAAUGCGAUUGAUCCACACCUCUCUGCUGACAAUGUUGGUUCAGCAACAGUUAAAGCGAACAACUUUAGCCGCCGGAAACGAAUUUCUCCCAUUGUGUUUUAUGGAUCCCCACAUGGUGUACCUCCUAAAAGGCCAAUCAGUUUGUUGCGGCUGCUACGUGAAAUACGUAUUGAUCUUGCAGAGCACCAAGAAUCAAACUUGAGGAAGGAAGUAUGGGCUACAUUUCCAAGGCAGAAUGAAGCAUUGAACUUUGCAAAGGAGCAUAUGAAUGUGCAUGUUUUUAGUUAUCAAGAUCACCAUAAUGGACAAAGAAGGUUCCUUGUUUCUUCAUACGGGGAGUUCUGGAGAAGAUACAAAAACAUGGAUUCCAAGUUUCGCCACCACUAUGAAGUAAUUCAGGAGGAUUUCCCAUGUCAUCUGUAUUUUGAUUUAGAGUUCAAUAAAAGAGAAAAUGCAGAAAAUAAUGGAGAUGAAAUGGUUGAUCUCUUGAUAUCUCUCAUUUUAGAAGCAUUACUGGAAAAGUAUUCUAUUGAAGGAAACUGUGAGUGGAUAGUGGAGCUUGAUUCCUCCACUGCAGAAAAGUUCUCGCGUCACUUGAUCCUCCGCAUACCAAAGACUGCUUUUAAGGAUAACUCACAUGCAGGUGCAUUUGUUUCAGAGAUAUGCUCUCGGAUCUUAAGUUCAAGGGAGAAAGAUGGAAGAUACAAAAAGCUCUUUGUAAGAAAAGGUUCCAGUUCUGAAUCUGCAAGCCAACCUUUUAUAGACACUGCUGUCUACUCUAGAAAUCGUGUCUUUCGUUUAGCUUUGUCAUCCAAGGCAGGGAAGAAUUCUGUCCUGCUACCUACUGGGCGCUUCAAAUGUAAGGACAUGUGCGAGGAAGACAUGUUCAUGGCAUCCUUAAUCUGCAACAUGGAUGCUGAUUGUGAGAAGCUUCUUGUCUGCAAAAUGGACUUGGAUUGUGUGAAGACCCUGCAUUUUGAUACAGAGGCUAACUAUUAUUCUAGAAGGUGCUUUACCACUCAAGAAAAUGAUGCCUCUAUGACGUGUACAACAGGGAAAUCGCCUUUUCCAUCUUUGGACAAAUUUGUAGAAUCUAUUGCCACUGUUGGAAGCUUAUCAGGGAAAAUCCGAAGCUGGUAUUGGUUUUCAGAAUAUGAAUUGAUGGUCUACAGCAUGUCAAGAAAUAGAUAUUGCGAACGAAUUGGCAGACAGCAUAAAAGCAAUCACGUUAUAUAUGUUGUUGACCUCAGAAGGGCAGUUUAUUAUCAGAAAUGUCAUGACCCAGAUUGCCAAGGUUACCGAUCUCCCUUACGACCAGUCCCAUUAUAUUUGAUACCGGAUCCUUCAUUUUCCUAUGCUUCAGCACAAGUGGCAAAUCAUAUAGGAUUAGCAAAUGGUACCCUUGACUAUCAGUCCGCUAACAAUAAUCACGAAGGGAUUAUGCUUUUCAGUGAGGAAUAUGAUAUAGACAGCUCUUCUAAAGAUUCUUGGUGGCUGGAAGCUGCGAAAGUUGCUGAUGAUAUUGAAAAUAUGAAGAAAACAAUGGAGCUUAGCACCUUGGAGAACAUCGGUGAAGAAGACGACAACUGGUGGGUGGCUGUGGAAAGGACAGCAUCUCAGGCGGAGCUAAUGCUCUUCAAAUGAAUUUUGGUUAUUGGCAUACAAUUGUAUGUUCCUCUCGUGGCUGAUGGCAGAUGCAGAUAAUGCCAAGAAAUGAAGGAUUUGAUCACUGGAGCUAGUUCUGCAGCAUUCCUCUCAUGAAGAAAGAAGUGGCAUUUUCUGAGAGAUGCUGAUUCUGUGGAGGCUGCAGUAUCAACUCUUGCCUUAAUAACCAGUUUGUUGGAGUCAGCUGCAUGGGCUUCUUCUUCUUCUUCUUCUUUUUUCUUCCCAACCCAGUUCAUGGAGAUUCCGGUAGUUGCAGAGAUUGCAAUUAAGUGAUCAUCAUCUGGACAGCAUAAAGUUAACCCAGGUCCAGACUUUUGCAAGACAUCUGUAAUGUGUAACAUUUACUUGGGUGCUUGCAAGAGCUCUAACAUACGAGUCGAUCAUUUGUGCAUACAUGAUUAGCUCUUCUUUUUUCUUUUUUUGGGAGAACAGAAUAAAUAAUUAGCUUAUCUUAUUGUACAAAAAUUUGUAUGAUUUUAUCACGCUAUUUUACAUGGUUAUGAUCUCAAUAAAUUUUCUCCUCGUUCAAAUC